AUGGACAAAGAUUGCGAUAUGGUAUAUAAGAAUGUUUCUGAUAUAUAUAAAUCGGAGGAGUUUAAGACAUACGACAACUUUGUUUCAUUAGUUGCUGAAUGUGUAUGGCAGAUAAGAGAUAAAGAUAGAAGAGGUAAAGUAUGGAACGGACAAAUAAAACCCGCAGCUUUUGAGUUAAAGAAAACCAUUGACGCCUUAGUUGUUCUAGCAGGUCAAAUUUCAAUGUAUAACGCAAAAAUGAAUCCGCAAUGUUCUAAAUGUAAAGCAGCAAUGAGGAAAUAUAACUACUCCGUCAAAGAGAUAGAACGUAUGAGAAACGACUAUGCUGACUUAAAGAAAGAAGUAGAGAAACCAGUAGAAGAUAAAAUGGGCAUGUUAGCAUUUCUGAACAAAAACUAUCCAACAGCAGAAGAUUUCCUUCUGUCUGACGUCAAGAAGAAAUAUAAAGAGACUUUCGGCAUGAUUAAAACAUUCGAUGUACUAAAAGAAGAAAUAGAAGCUACGAAAUUGUUUAGGAUUUCAAAUAUACAUCAUACAAUUCAUGUAAAACGCUUGUGA